AUGGUUGCUAAUUAUAGAGCUCGUAUGAGUAAGUUUGUUUUGGAUAUUUCCAAAAUGGUGGUCAAGAAGUGUAAAACCAAUAUGUUGAUAAAGGAGAUGGACAUCUCAAGGUUGAUGACUCAUGCUCAACAAAUCGAGGAGGAAAUAUUUAAGGAGAGAGCUAGAGAGACAAAGAGGACUAGCAAAUUGAGGGACUGCCCUUCGCUUGCUAGAAAUGGUGGAUAUGGUCGUCAGGCUCAACCUAGUGCUUCUUCUAGUCGCCCGACUCAACAAGCUGCUUCUUCUGGUUCUGGUGUUAUUCAGCGUCAGGACAAGUUUUAUGCUAUUCAGACUCGUCAGGAUCAUGAAGGUUCUCCAGAUGUGGUCAUUGGUAUGUUAUGCGUCUUUCAAUUUGAUGUUUAUGCAUUGCUUGAUCCAGGUGCUUGA